GAGCUUCGCAUCAUGGCCAUUGAAGCGGCGGAGAGUCUUUGUUUAAAAGCUGAACUCUGCCAAAGGUUCUCUUCCCUUAUAGAAAAGCUGGGAGAUGGCUAUAUAAAUACACGUGUGGACCCUCGGAUAGAGGGCAUGCUCAAUUCACCUAGAGACCCGGUCUUUUCAUAUGGACUGAGCAUUCUAGGCCCUCUCCGGGGUAUCUUUUUCCGAUACACCAUGGAUAGGGAUAAGGACAUGAACCCAACGGAAAUACCUUAGUUCACGGGUCAUUCCAGUCCGCCUUAUCAAAUUUUUAGGGAGGUGGUACAAGGACUUAAGGGUAGGAUGACUAGUAGACAAGAAGACGAGACAAUAUGUAUCGGUGGGAUCAUCGGCCUUGAUGUUUCUCGCAUGCUCAAAUUUUCUGUUGAUAAAAGGAAAGGAGCCGAGCAAACAGAACAAGUAUGCGCUGAUAGAAUGCAAGAGUUCUAUCUGGCUUUAAAGGAGAUGGGAAGCGAUGUGCUGUUCUGGAAUGUCCCUAGACUUCAAGAUGCAGGAUUCUCUUGGGCCCCGCGUUCAUUCACGAACUUGGGAUCUGAGCAGGCGUACGGCCGGGCCGCGACGAUUACAAGAAGCGGGCUCUUUACGCAGCUAGGAGGGAUAUCCUUAGGAAGCCUUAGCCUGGCUGACUUGCUUGCUAAACCAGUCGUCUACGCGGAUACUGAUCUUAGACAAAUAUUUUUCAGACCCGACAUGACAUUUUACAAGCAGCCUCUGGACUUCGACCCUACGCCAUCUCGCGAGUUCGAGCUCGUCGCCGCUAGUUCUCCUACUCGGAAAGCUUUCAUCGCGGAAGUUGGUAAGAAGAGAGGCCCGCUCAAGCUCGUACGCUACAUCAUAUAUACAGAACUCAUUGGCGGGUAACCGAUGAGGAUAGCGUGUAUAUCAAAGGUAUUAUGAAUGGGGGAGAGAAGUUUUGCAUUGUAUGAACCCGAUGAUACGACAUG